AUGUAUAAUUUUCUUGAUAUUGCAAAGCUUCUCAUAUCCAAUGGAGCAGAUGUUAAUGCAAAAACUUCAAAAUAUGGGCAUCCUCCCUUAUUAGUUGCUUUACAACUCAACUGUUUGGAAAUUGCAGAAUUACUUUUAUCUUCUGGUGCAGAUAUAGAUGCAAAAUGUAUAAAUGGAUAUUCAGGUUUGCAUUUUGCAGUUGGAAGAAGAAGUUUAGAUCAAGCAAAAUUUCUUGUCUCACACCAUAUUGACAUGGAUGCCAAAGAUGAAAAUGGUCGAACUGCUCUUGAUUAUGCAUAUAUGGGAAAUCUCCAAGAGAUGAUAUUAUAUCUUGAACAAAAAUAUCAAAGAUCUCACCCAUCAGAUUAUAUUUUAUAUGUAUUUGAGUUCUAA